GUUGUGUAUAUUUUUUUGUUCGAAAAACUUUUCGAACUUAUCUGUCACCAAAAACAUAACCUCUCGGCGGCACGGCUUCUCAACUCGACUACAAAAGUAAACGUUUUCCAUGGUAUUUUUUUGCAAAAUAAUUUUCAUUUAUUUAUUAUUGACCUCUUCAAUGUGUGUUAAAUCAAAUCAUACAAUAAAAAUGGCCAAUCAAACAAUAAUCUAAAAUCAAAUUCAUCAACUAAUCUACAACAAUUCAAUAACCACCCAAACACAGUCAAUAAAAACAAGCAUGGAGGAAAACGGAGGAGAAUCAUAUACCUUCGACUUGAAUUUAGAUUUUCUCGAUUCAACAACAACCAAUACAAAAAAUUCCAUUAUCACUCAACCAUAUCAAGUUCAGUCUCAAAUAAACUCAACAUACGAUAUAGAAUCACUUGCCAAUAGGAUUGCCACAGUCAAUGAUAUGACCAUACAAUUGAAGGCUACCAAAGAUGAGAAUUCAAGGCUACACAAGGAAAUGCAAGAUUUUAGUGAAUCUGCCAUGUCUAUAAGGAGUAUGUAUGAACAAGAAAAGACAGAUAGAUUGAAAUUCAGUCAGUUGUAUGGUGAGUUGCAAGAAAAAUACGAAAAAGUCGAAUCCCAGUUAACCAAUAAGACUCUCCACUUUGAGCAAAUACAAUCGAGGUUGGAGCUGGAGGCAAGUGAUAAGAAACCUAUUCCUUAUAAUGAUCUUGCUCUGAGAUAUCAAAGGUUGGCACUGCAACUCGAAGAGGAGAAACAGUUGCCUUCAAAGGAUAAGUUAGUCCUACAUCAAGUCAAAGACUAUCUAGAUUCCAAGAAGCUUUCUCCUCUUCCAGUGUCAAAGAAGAAAUCCCAUUCAAAGGUCAAAUCUCGUGAUUUUUCUAUUCAAUGUAGUUUGAAAGUAGAAUCCAAAACACAAGAAUCGCAAUGUUCCCUUGGCUAUUGUGAUGAGGAUCCAAAAGACACAUGUACCCAAGGAACUCAGUACACUUGGUACACCACGACCCGUGGAACCAAUACUCCAGCUUUGAGUAAUCCCAAAACAGAAUUGAGAACUCAAGGAACUCAAUAUAUAUCCUCGACUACCACACGGGGAACUAGUACAUCGACUUUUAUCAAAACUCAAAGUGUUGGAACCAACUUCCCUGAACCAGUUCCGCCAGUCUCGAUUGAGGAUAUCUUCAAAGAGAUGAUAUUUGAUGUGGCUCCAUUGAGUCCCAUGGCAGCUACUCCUCCACAAGCUGAAUUUAAAGAAGAAAAAGUCGAAAUGAAAUCAAUUGGAACAUGUACUGGUUUGAAGAAUGUCCGGAAGCCAAUUGAUUAUGUUGCUGCCAAUAUCAAACAUUCAGAUUCGAGACCACCUUCAAGAAACAACGGAUUGUAUGAUCGUGUGAAGAAUGAAAUACCUAUGAUGGGAAUGCCAACUUUAAAUCCAUUUGCUGGACUGGGAAUACCAGCUGCACCUAUGCACAAUACUGUGGCUGAAUUAUGGAAUAUGUUGGGACAUACUAUAUUUGCUUUGUUGCAACAAAAUAAUGGAGCUGCUGCAGGUCCAUUGAAUUCAAUGAAUAUGAAUGUUGUUAAUGAUCGGAUGAGGAAUCUUAGUGCAAGAAAUCGACCGCCAAGUGAGCAACAGAGGAAUUGUGAGUCGCAGACUAGUACUGAUUAUUUUGAGCAGGAUUAUUCAAGAGAAUAUUCAACUGCUACAAGAAGUGCUGCAACAAGUCCGAUUCUACCUUCAGAAUUACAAACAAAUCAACAAUCCCACUCAAGGCAAUCAUUUGUUCCCGUAACAAGAAGUCCUCAGCCACCAGCGGAGUUUCAAAAAAUUGUUUUAAAUAAGAAAUUUUCUGAACCGGUAGUUUCAAGUUCGAAAAAAUCUUCUCGAGUUGAUGAAAUUCUUCAACUCUUUCCCGAAUACUUUGAUUCAUUCAGGAAACGAAAAGAUCUAAAGAAGCUACUGAAAGAAUCCUCUAAAAAUCAGAGUCCAAAGAAGAAGAAACGAAAUUCAAUUUCCUGUUCCAGUUCAGAAUCAAUAUCAACACAAUCUACCGCAGAUUUAAAUACAAGACCAGCAAGUUCUGUAUCAGUUUCGGAUGGAGUGGAUCCUAUCAUCGAAACACCACAAAUAAAACCAGAUCUUCAAAAUACCAAUUGGAAAAAAGAAAUGUUUGGAGAUUCCGAUAGUGAUUCAAGUUUGGAUAGUACAACCUUGGAUUAUAUAACUUCUCAUACUUCUCAAGAAGAACUAAAUGAAACUAAACCAACACACGAAAACAAACCAUCACCCAAUGAGCUUAAAUUCCCUCUAAGAAAUAACACAAGUUUAGAAUUGAAACGAAGUCAAUUUAAAUCACCAAUAGAUGAAGACUUUUGUGGAUUCGAAGAAGACAUAAAUCACCCUCCGCCACCAAAUGAAGUCUUUUGCAAACCAUUUUUAAAACCAAAACUAGAAAAUCCGGUUAGAGUUUCAGGUCCCGGAAGUUCUUUCAAUACAAGAAUAGAAACAAAUGAAGAGUGUCCUCCUUCAACAAUAGAACCAACUCCAAAGAGAAAACGAAGAACCAAAAAACAACUUGCAACCCAGGCAAACAAGAUUUGUAAACUUGAUGAAACCUGCUCACUUCAAUCAGAGCCAGAAACACCUACACAAACAAAAAUAAAGAAACCCAGAAAACCGAGGGCCAAAGUUAACAACAUUCUUUCAUUGCAGCCAACAAUAACUUCUGCUCCUUGUGCUAACAAUAAACCUUUGAAAUCACUAAGUUUGAACAGACUUAAAAAUCCAAAACAACAAGAACCUAAACAUCAGCCUAUGUCAGCUCCUCAAAAUCAGCCAAUUCAAGAUACUACAAAAUCACCUCCUACUUUUAUUAAACCCAAUUGGAUGAAUAGAACUCAAAAUCCAGAUGAAGAAGGAGAAGAUCUAUCAAUACAAGUUGUGUCACAAAAUCAAAAUGGUCCCAUGGUUAUGAAAGUCGAAAACCCGCCAGAUUCAGUUUUUCAAGACAUCAAGACUUGUUUCUCUAAUCAAAGAGCCGAUUCAGUUUUUCAAGAUAUCAAAACUUGUUACACUACUGCAACUGCUGCUCCAAAACGUGAACCAGAUGUAAAACCUUUUAUAGGUCCAAUAAUGCCAGUUAAUCAAGCUCAAGUUCUUCAUCCAGAACAAUCAUCGAUACCAUCGGUUGCUCCAAAAGAGGAUGGAAUUUAUAGAUUUCUUCUCCAAAAUCAACAAAACACAGUCAAUAUGUCUCCAUCGAUAGAUUCUAUAACAAAUCCUGGGAGCUCUUUAAAUAUUAUCAAUUAUUAUGAGCCUAGAUCUCCCGAAGAAGAGGAUGAUCCCCCAGAAAACAACUGUAAAUCCUCAGUAACUAUCUUAAAUGAGCAAUGGAUUUCAGAAUCGAAUGAAAUGAAAGUUACCAAACAAGAGAGUCAACCUUUGGGUGUUGUUAGUCCAUUGGAACAGGGCACUUUUGACUUGGAGAAUAUGCCCAUCUGUUUUAUAGAUGAUCAGAAUAAUAUUUUGCCAAAUCUAGAGCAGCCGAGUGAAGAGAAAAAGAUUUUCGGAACAAAUCAAGGAAUUUUGUAUAAGCCUUCGGAUGUAACCAUAUUGCCAGGAUUUCAGGAAAUUAAACAAGGUAUCAAGAAUGCAUCGUCUGUCCAAUUUAUAACACCAUCAAAUAGUAAUUUCCAAAACAAUGAACUCCAAGUUUCAAAGCCAGAUGUGGGGCUACAAUUAAAUAGGCUACCUGUGAUCAUUCAAGAUAAACCCAGUUUUUUACAGAAUCACAUCCAAACGACGAAAACAAUUGAUUCCCCUGCAACAGCUAGAGAUGUCAAGCCUUUGAUCACAACACAAAGUUCAUAUCUUGUACUCAGUCAUCAAAAACAAUUAAAUUCUGGCAAAGAAUAUUCACCCACCUGCACUAGAAUGGCAGAUCUGCAAGAAAAUGUAAAUACAAGUAGGGCCAACGAUUUGGCGACGACCUCCAAUCUCCAGAGUGUACAAUUCCUAGGUCUAUCUAGAUCAAUGUCGAUGCCAAAUCAAGGAAUAGAGCUUAAGACUCAAGAAAUAGGAGCAAAGACUUCGAUGUUCACUCCUCGGAGUCAAAGCUUAUUUGACUCUAGAUCAAUGUCUUUGUUUGACCAAGAAACAGAGCCUGAGACUGAAGAAAAGGGAACAAAGACUUCGCUAUUCACACUUCGUAGCCAAAGCUUAUUUGGUUCAAAUAUUAAUUGUGGUGCAAAAUCUAAUGAAGAUCUAUCUAGGUGUGACAAGGGAAAAGAGUCACCAGUCAAAGACUCCCAUAUGAAAAAUGCAUUUAAAGUCUCACAACUCGAAGCGGUUCCCAUUAAUUCCAAAUACCAAUUGAAAGAGAAAACUCCUCCAAAAUCACCCAUUCCAUCCACAUCAGUGAAAAAAGAUUUUAUAUCUUCACCAAAUAGUUCUGAUAGUGAAUGUGAUUUGUCAAUUGAUUUUCCACCAUCACCACCACCACAGCCCGUCAACAGUUCAGCAUUGGAUUUGUCUACAAUUCUAAAAACUCCCGAAGAAGUCAAAAGUCCCGAAAAUGAUGAAGUACAUUUCAAAACACCAGAAAGCUAUCCUACGAAUAAUUCUCUGCUUACCAAAGUUAUCACAAAUUCCACCGAAAAAUUAGUCGAAGAUUAUAUUUUCAAUGAAAAUCCUGGUGCUAAAUUUCAAGUAUUCCUAGACAAAAUAUUAGAUGAUGUUGCACCACCAUUAAGUCCAGUCUCGGCCAUGGCACCAUCGGAAAAAGCAAAUCAUAGUGAAAUUGAUAGUUCAGGUGAUGAAUUCUCCACACAAAAAACAACAACUCCAAGAAAAUAUAAAAGAAAAGUAGCACCAACUGCUGCAUUAGCUGUUAAACGAUCUGCAAGAAUUAAAGCUAAAAAUAAUGAAACAAAAACUAUGGUGAAUAGUCUAAGUGCUAUGACUAUCCCAAAUAUAGAAUUAGGAAAGUAUACUAAGAAAAAGACUGAACAAAGCGAAAUAGUGAUCCAACAGAAGCAAAUUGUUAAAGAAGAGAAAAUUAAUAUUCAAGUAGGAUUCUUUAAGGAAGCAAUGGAUGAAGACCAAGAUGAUGAUUUUGAUAAUGAAGGACCAAGUUGUGAACCAAUUCGACGGCAUUCCGAAGAAGAGAUAAAGACUGCAAAUAUUCCCAUACCAAAAAGGAAACAACCUCAAUGUAGAAUAAACUCAAUCACAGAAGAAAAUCAUGAACCAUCAGGUUACUCUCCUCUGGAAACUGAUUCAUAUCUAAGUUUAUGUAAAAAAGCUAAAGAAUCAAUAUCGUUGUACCUUAAAUCAGAAGAAGAGUCACCUAGGUCACCGCAGUCUCCUCCUUUUCCACCCGCCAUUGAAUUAUUAUCUACACAAAAAAGCUUAGAAGAAUCUUCAUCAUUGUACGAUGAAUCUCCAGCUUCACCUCCACCAUCAGAUCGAACACCCAUUAAACCUUAUACAAUUCGUGAAUCCUUUGAAACUUCACCCUUAACCGAGAUGGAAAACGAUUCAGCCAACAAAACAAUUAUAUCUCAUUUAAUCACCAACUAUAGUCGACGUCACUUCAAAAUGUUAACUACAACUCAACAAUUCAACCCAAAGCUCCUAGACCAACUUGAAAGUGCUAUUAAUGAAUUUUUAAAUAGCCUUUGUCUUAUGAUGGAUACAGUACGUUUUGUUGAUUCUGUUUUGAAUCUUACCACCGAUGAUAAAAUUAUCUCAAAAGCUAUAGUGAAUGCUGUGAAAGAAGCACCACGUCCAGAAACCGAAAUUAAUAGCAAAAUUCCCGAUACAUUUCUUAGUCCAACUCAUCGAAAACUCUUCGCUGUUGUGGAAACACUUUGUGAACAAUUCCCAAAUUUGAAUCGCAACCUUCAAUCAUCAAUUGAGCAUUCAAUGUUUACAUUAGUUAAGGAAGUUAUUUCCAUAGACGUUCUAAUGAAUCUAACACAAUUCUAUUUGGCCAUUAUUGGUAGUAGUAGUUGUGCUGGAACAACAAAUCCAGCAAGACUAUUUAUAUGCAAAUGUUUAUACUUCUACAAUCAAAAAGCCAUACCGAUGAUCUAUCAUACGCUGUGCGUCUAUCCAACUGUCUUGCCACAAAGAAUCGAUACAACAUAUGAUCGAUCUGAUAUUUUAAUUAGUACAAUCCAGAGUAUUUUAAUGAGUACGUACUAUGAUCCGGAGAAAUGUGAUUUUAUGACUAGACAAAUAUUGGCCAAGUUACGUAUGUUCUAUAACUAUGAGAGUUUUAAGCCACCUCGUGAUGAGGUGAUUGAAAAUAUGAUGGCAAAAAUUCGAGCUGGUCGUUUUAAGAAUGUUUCGUAUGCUCUUUCGUUGAUAUGCAAACGAAUGGAACAGAAUCAAACAGAGAAAUUUAUACUGAAUCAGAAAUUAUUACCAUUGGCCAAUGAGUUCUAUAACACUUUAAACCAAGGAAGUGAGAAUGAUGAAAAAAUUGCAUGCGUUUUAGAAUGCAUUUCCUUCGUUAUACGACCUUUUAGUUUUGAUACAGAUAUAUCACAGUAUGUAAAUUUGUUUGGACGGUUUUUGAAUGCGGCUUCGGAGAGAAAAGUUAUACAAGAGGCUGCUGUAGCAGCAAUUCUACGUACUGCUAGAUUUGGAUUUGUGCAGUGUUUUAAUGCAAUUUAUAAUUUUAAACCAACCUAUGAAUUGUCGGAGAACCUAAAGUUAAUGUUGCGAUCGUUUAUUUAUAAAAAGGGAAAAUUGUUCCUUCAGGCUUUGGAGAAACAGGCACAAGAAUUGGUGGCUACAUAAAUUGGUGUUAUUCUAAUUAUAAUAAUUAUUUUUUAAUUUUUUUUAAUAUUCUUAAUUUAUUUCCCAGUUGUGUACUAUGGAUUCUUGUAAAUAAGAUUUUUUUUUCUUUUUUAAGUUUUAGUAAUUAAUUUUUCCAUCUCUAUUUAUAAGAUAGUUGUUAUAUAAAAA